AAGCCUCCCCGCGGCCGCAUGGCCAACCUGGGCCCGCCAGAACUCUGGCCAGCUCUCGGCGGGCCAAGAGCGGCCACUUCCGGCCCCCGGGCUCCGCUCUGCUGGUCCCCGCGCCCGGCCGCAGCGCUCGGCUGUUUCCGGAGCUGCCCUCGGCAGUCUCCGCACGCUCGAGCGACCUUCGGCUGUUUUCGGAGCUGCCCUCCUCGGGCGGCAACCUUCGGCUAUUUCCGGAGCCGUCUGUGGCUGGCCCCGCCGCUCUCUAGCGACCUUCGGCUAUUUCCGGAGCCAUCCUCGGCUGGCCCCGCCUCUCUCGCUCCACCUUCGGCAGUUUCCGGAGCCGCCCGCUGCGGGCCCCACCGCGCUCUCGCCACCUUCGGCAGUUUCCGGAGACGCCCUCGGCUGGCAGCGGAGCGCUGCCCGCGCGGGCUGCAGAUGUCGGACCUGCGGGCGGCGGAGGGGCCGGGCUUCUGGAGCCCCGCAGCCGGCGGAGGGCCGGCGGGCGGCGGCGGGGACGGCCCGGAAGGCCCGGAAGUGGAGGGGAGCCAGGUGGCCGGCUCAGAGAAUGAAGAUCUGGAAAACACCAAGGUUUCCCCUCCAGUGGCUUCUGCCUCAGAUCCAGAACCCCAGUCCUCACCCUUCAGGCCACAGAUGGUGUGCCCGGUGAGUGAGGAUGCCACAGAAGGCCCGCAGAGAGCAGCCGGUGCCCAGGAGGCCCAGGCCCUGGAGGAAGAGGACUCACUGCCUGCAGACCGAGCCCGGGUCCUCAACAAGAUGGCCAAGUACCAAGUUCCGCAGAGAUCGGGGGACAUGGUGGUGAUCCAGUCCGAGCACACCGGAACCGUAGACAUUCUUUCGGCUGAUCUGGAGUCUGCAGACCUCCUGGGGGACCACAGGAAAGUCUCCCCACCUCUGAUGGCGCCUCCCUGCGUCUGGACCUUUGCCAAGCUGAAGGAGUUCAAAAGCAAGCUGGGCAAAGAGAAGAACGGCCGCUUGGUGGUGAAGAGGGGUGAGGUGGUGACCAUCCGCGUGCCCACCCACCCGGAGGGGAAGCGUGUCUGCUGGGAGUUUGCCACCGACGACUAUGACAUCGGCUUCGGCGUUUACUUUGACUGGACACCCGUGACCAGCACGGACAUCACCGUGCAGGUCAGUGACUCCAGCGAGGAUGAAGACGAAGAUGAGGACGAGGAUGAAGAGAUUGAAGACAUCGUCCCGGUCGGCGACGUGGAGCGGGGCUCGCGGAGCUCGCUGCGGGGCCGCUAUGGGGAGGUCAUGCCCGUGUACCGGCGGGACAGCCACCGCGACGUGCAGGCCGGCUGCCACGACUACCCCGGCGAGGGCAUCUACCUGCUCAAGUUCGACAACUCGUACUCCCUGCUACGGAACAAGACGCUGUACUUCCACGUCUACUACACGGGCUGAGGCCCUGGCCGGUGGCGGCCUCCAGCGCUGUCUCAGUCACCCGACGGCUGAGCGUGGGCUCCCGCCUGGCGUGCCUGCUGCCGCCCCGUAGCUUUGCCCCCUCCUUGGCUUCUGCGGGUGGUCCCCGGCUCAGCGCUCCUCUUGCUUCAGACUCGGUGGAUCUCUCUUUGAAGGAACCGUCAGGCAGAAGCCGAGAGGGAACCGGGUGUCGCUUACUUUUGGGACCAGGAGUAUUCUUCCCUUUGCUGCUCUCUCUUCUCCUCCUCCCAGAGCCUUCACUGCAGACGUGGCCAGUGACAGCCAACUCACUCCACGUUCUGGAGGUGCCAGAAGAGGGAAAGCAUGCUGUCCGGGGGGGUCCCCGCCCCUCGGGUGGAGAAAGCUCUGGCCAGCCUGUCACCACUGCCGUCUUUCCGCCUGUGGGGUCCCCCUGGUCUCUGGCCAAGGCUGAGAGCCCUCACUGCCUUCAGAAGGUGUGGUUGGCUCUGCCCAUUUGACUUCGCCGCUGCUCCUCCUCUCUUCCCUUCUUCCAAAAGCUGUGUGUGCCGUGGAGCCAGAGCCCCACGCCGUCCAAAGUGCUGGUUAGUGUCCCGGAGCCUCUGUCUCUCCUGGGGUCUGGAGGGAGCUCUUGGCCCAGGGCACUGAGGCCACAUCUUUGAAAGUCGAGUGUUGCUGAGUUAUUUCUUCAUUCAUGAUCAGAGGAGAAGGGGUGUAAUCUGAAAGAAAGUUAAAAGAGAGCAAAACAAACAAAGAAACAACAACAACAAAACAAAUCCAACAAAAACAAAUCCCAACCCGGAUUCCCUGUCACAUCUUCCCUAAGAGUAGUAGCAUUCCUUAGAAGCUUUUCUUUGGAGCCACUCUGGUUUCCAGAGUUCCUUGACUUAGUUUUCUCACAUCGAGGGUGUUAAGCUUCCGGUGUGCAAAGGCUCUUGGGAAAGGCGGGAAGAGGCCUCACUGUUGCCGCUGGUCAGAUGUGCUCUUUCACAGCCAUGUUUCCCUGGCAAGGGCCUUUGCCCUCCUUUCAGCCCUGAGGUGCUCCAGGCCGUUGGGGUUAUAUGCUCUCCUCUUGUCUUGUCUUCUCAGUCUGUUACUGCCUUAGAAUUUUGAAAAAGUAAUUAGAUUUAUUUAUUACCUUAUUUAUUUUUGAAGCGCAUUUCAUUUUGCCUUCAAAACAGUCUCCCUCUGUUUCUCAGAAGGCUCUGAGCCACUGCGGCCACCUCAUCUAAGAGUGAGAGUGAGAGGUGAUCAUUUGAGGAGGACUUGGGAAGUGAUAUGGUUCCUUUCCUGCUGGUCAUCCUGUGGCGUUCUGGGAGAAGAGGCUGCCCCUUCUCAGCUGGAUGACACUUGUGAGGGUAUCUGGGGGGUGAGGGGACCUGCCUGUUUGCCAGGAUUGACACUCCGUGAGGGCGUCUGGGAGGUGAGGGGACCUGCCUGUUUGCCAGGAUUGACACUCCGUGAGGGCGUCUGGGGGGUGAGGGGACCUGCCUGUUUGCCAGGAUUGACACUCCGUGAGGGUGUCUGGGGGGUGAGGGUACCUGCCUGUUUGCCAGGAUUGACACUCCGUGAGGGUGUCUGGGGGGUGAGGGGACCUGCCUGUUUGCCAGGAUUGACACUCCGUGAGGGUGUCUGGGGGGUGAGGGGACCUGCCUGUUUGCCAGGAUUGACACUCCAUGAGGGUGUCUGGGAGGUGAGGGGACCUGCCUGUUUGUCAGGAUUGACACUCCGUGAGGGUGUCUGGGAGGUGAGGGGACCUGCCUGUUUGUCAGGAUUGACGCUCGUGUGUCUGGGAUUAAGAGCAGAGAAACAGACUAGCCAACCCAGGUGCCCCGGGGCUCUGGAGUGGAAAGGCCUUGGGCUUAUCCCUUCUUAGUAUGGGGACCUCACAUGGAGGAGGAACCCAAAGGACAGGACCUCACAGCAGAUCUGUGGGAGUAGCUUGUGAAGAGAAAGGGAGACACAGCCUGGGAGCAGGGUCCUGGCUGACACAGCACCCCCCCCCCCCCAUUCUCUUGGGGAAUCAGGCCUCCAUUACUUUAUAUUUGAGUAAGUUUUGUAGAGGAUGACACUGGCCAAAACGUACAUACCUUGUAAGACAUUAGAAAUUAUCCUAGUGACAACUUGAGAUAAUGACAACUGUCUCGCCCAUCAGGCAGCCGGACGACCGGCCUUCCGCCACUGGUAUUGGACUGUGUGUCCUCUGGCUGUGUCGAGUCUUUAUGAAGGGAUUAUCUGGGCCUUGCUUAUGCCCCUGAUUAUUACUGUCUGACUUCCUCGUGGGGAAGAAGGUGGGCCCUAGCAACUGCUGCCCGGGGCGACGUUUCUUUUUGCGGUGAGCUUCUGUCCUUGUUGUCUCUGUCUCCGGACUCCUCUUUCUGGUGCCUCAGGAAAGCCCGAGGGACUUGCCUCCAUUGCCUCCUUGUGCCUCUGACUGGCGGUCACUUGAGUCCUGGACAUGGCGAUGGCUUUUUCUGUGCUGCUGUCCCCUGGCAGUCGGGAUGUCUUCGUUCCAUGAGUGCAGAAUCCCCCAGAGAUGUUUUCAUGUCUCAUCCAUUCAUUAGUCUUGAAUUAAAUUUCUUAAACAGUUGAGCUCUAGGGACAGAAUAGUAUUUCCUGAGGCAUCAGUCAGUUCUGAGAAGUUCAUCUUCCUGCAAACCCCAAGACACUGUCAUUUCCUCAGUCUGUCUCUCCGUCUGGGCUUAUGGAGCCAAACAACCAAAUGAAGCCACUUGCCUUCACCCUCACCUGUUCUGGGGAACAGAAAUAAAAAUUCACUCCCAAGAUAAUACUUCAUAGCGGGAGGGAGACCGUAAUAGGAGGGGGGCUGGAACCCCCUUUGCCUGGUGGCUGAGUUCUAAAAUGCCAUUUGUUUGCUUAGCUUUGCAACUUGGUUGGCACAGAGAGGGUACUUUUAAGAAAAGGAGAAAUAUUGAAAAUAAAAUUUCCUCAACAUUUUAUUACAAAAAGAUUUCAGUCUGUUAUAAUCUUUUAAAUCAAUAUUAAAUCACUAAUCAAAAUAAUACAUUCAGGAAGCUGUUAGGGACUGAGUUGGACAAGAAAAUAAA